CAUCUGAACUAACAUGCCUGAACCAGCGAAGUCCGCUCCCAAGAAGGGCUCCAAGAAGGCCGUCACUAAGACCACCGCUAAAGGAGGAAAGAAGCGCAGAAAGUCCAGGAAGGAGAGCUACGCUAUCUACGUGUACAAAGUGCUGAAGCAGGUCCAUCCUGACACCGGCAUCUCUUCGAAGGCGAUGGGGAUCAUGAACUCUUUCGUCAACGACAUCUUCGAGCGCAUCGCCGGUGAGUCGUCUCGUCUCGCUCACUACAACAAGCGCUCCACCAUCACCUCGAGAGAGAUCCAGACCGCCGUGCGUCUGCUGCUGCCCGGAGAGCUGGCCAAACACGCCGUGUCUGAGGGCACCAAGGCCGUCACCAAGUACACCAGCUCCAAGUAGAGCUCCGCUCCGACUGCGAGACACAAAGGCUCUUUUAAGAGCACCCAUCAGAUCACUUAAAGAGUUUGGGGUACUUAUUUUUGGUUUUGCUAGAGUUUUGUUUAUCUAGUGGGUAAACCCGUUAUUACACGUAGCAGCCUUAUAGUAACGAUCUUUGAAAAUUAAGUGACUUCAAUAUCUAGGGUUUGCGCUCUUAUUUGUAGGUGUAUGUGAUUCUGAUUUUAAUUCUUUUUUGGGUAUUUAAGAGUACUUUGUUUCAGUAAAUGGAAUCUAAAACACACACAUUCUAAAUUUCGAUUGAUUGUGCUAAACGUCAGUGUAGAUAACCGGAGAAAUUCAAAUAUUACCUUCUAUAUGUUUACAGGGUUUAUAAUAUCACUUCAAAUACGAUAUACACUGAUAUUAUUACUAUAAAUGUCACCUGAGCCAGUGGAUUCGAAACUUGCGUAUGUUUGGGUCCGGUGAAUGAAUUAAAUACACUAAUGUUCCCUACUGUUCACGAAAUAAAAGUUGAACUCAUGGUGUGUAUACACAGUCACAUAAUGUAUUUUUAUCUUACCAAAUAUGUGAAUGUACAAAUUACUUAUUUCUCGAAAAUGUUUGCAUUAUUAAUUUAUUUUUUCUAUUAUUUUAUUUACCUCAUGAGACAUAGGCUGCGAUUUAUCUUCAGAAGUAUCACAGUAAAAAUCUGUUUAAUCUGAUAAUUAAUGCAAAAGAAUAACAAUAUACAUGGCUGCUCAUAGACAGAUAAUGAUUUAUGCUGCAGAGCUUUCACAAAACAAAUAAACCGAUAAAAACACACACGAAUGCAAACAGCGAUCUUUAAUUUAAGGCAAACCUACCAUAAUUAUAUUACGUUUAAUUGUACAGUUAGUUAUAAAUUAUGUAAUCGAAUAAAGUUAAUAAAACAUGCUUUAUGUUAGUGCAUGAACA